AGAAACAAACUCUCACAGCACAGCACAGCCCGAGAGAGAGAUAGAGAGAGAGGGGGAGAAACCUAGAGAGAGAAAAUUAGCACAAAGAGCUUACCUUCUUGUUCAGGUAUCCACACGGAGCCAGAGAGGAAAAACAAGAGCAAUGGCCAAGGCUUUCAUCCUCUGCUUCAUCACAACCCUGAUAUUCUCCUCUCUAUCAAACGCCGUCGUCGCGGGCGGGGACCUCGACCAGCAACUGGUUGGGUGGGGGGUCGCUAGAUCCGGCUGCCGCGGGACCAUCGCCGAGUGCCUCGCCGACGGCGACGGGGAGUUCGAUCUCGACUCCGAAGUCAGCCGGCGCAUUCUAGCAACCAACAAGUACAUCAGCUACGGUGCGCUCUCGAGGAACAACGUCCCCUGCUCCCGGCGCGGCGCCUCGUACUACAACUGCCGGGCCGGUGCACAGGCCAAUCCGUACUCCCGUGGGUGCAGUGCCAUUACCCGCUGCAGGAGUUAGUUUUCUUUCCUCUCUGAUUAAGUAUUCCGUCCGUCCCAAUUUGUUUGCUCGUUAAGGAAAUUUUCCAUUUUUUAGUGACAAAGUUUUCGGGUUGAAAAGUAUUUAGAUUUCCACAAAUACCCUUCUGCUUGGUUUUGUGUUAAACUUAGUGUUUCCUUCACCUCAAAACUAAAGGGGCAAAAUCAGAACUUUGAUCUUUUGUGGUUGCUAAUUUUGGAAAAUUGUUCACAAUUUGGGAUGGCUCAAAAAGUAAAUAUGAGCAAACAAAGAGGGACGGGGGAGUAUUUUUUUUUAAAUUUUUUUUUCUAUGUUCUAUUUUUUCUUUUGAGAUGGGAUUGUUUGUUAUAGAAUGGGAAAAUAGGGAGAAUUUGGUGAUGUUUUUAUUUUUUUUUAUUUUUAUACUUUUGUUGUCGGUGAUGAAGAUAUUGUUGUUAUAGAUCUCAUAUCUGUGUUGAAUCUGUAAAAGAUCUUUAGUACGUAUACAAUACCUUUGGUUCAUAGCUUA